ACUUCGCACUUCUGCCGUCUGCUAUAAUCACGUGAAGCCUUUUCCGCCUGGUAUUGGUUGUAUCGGUCGCGCACGUCAGGGUGGCUAGGAUAUUCACAUAAAUGCCCAGCAAGGCGGAGGACAGCUUGCGAAACUUGAUUGCAGAAGGAACUCGAGACAUGUCGGACGUUUACCGAACGCGUUCCCUCGGCGUUGCAAGUGAAGGCAUCCCCGACCAGUAUGCGGAUGGUAGGGCGGCCAAGGUGUGGGAAGUUUACAUAGGCGAGCGGAACAAGCGCACCAGUCACUACAAGAAUUUUUUGGCGACCAAACUUCGAGAACUUGGAUGCCACCACAUUCUGGACGUUGCCUGCGGCACUGGGAUCGAUUCUAUUCUGCUGUUGGAAGAAGGCUUCAAGGUCACUAGUGUUGACGCCAGCGACCGGAUGCUCAAAUAUGCGCUCCGGGUGCGCUGGAAUCGUAGAAGAGAGCCUGGAUUCGACGACUGGGUGAUUGAAGAAGCCAAUUGGUUGACCCUUCCCGACGAUUUGGUGAAAAUUGGAGAAGGCUUCGACGCCGUUGUCUGUCUUGGAAACUCGUUCAGCCACUUACCGGACCCCGAAGGAACCAAUGAAAUCCACCGAAGAGCGAUUGCGAACUUCCGCGAAAUGCUGCGCCCCGGUGGCUAUUUGAUCAUUGACCAUCGCAAUUACGAUUCCAUAUUGGACCAUGGAACGACACCUGCGCACAGUAUAUAUUACAAUAGUGAACACAUCAAGGAAAUUAAGACAUCAGUCAUCUAUGUUGACAACAGACCAUCCGUUGUCAUGAUGGACUACAUCAUGGAUACAUCGUCCAUCGACAAUAAAUUCGACAGCACAGACAGCGAAUUCAGCAGAAGAGGCAGGCUAUCGGGGGACCCUGUCAACCACUUCCGUCUGAGCUAUCACCCGCACCGCCUGGCCGAUUUUACGCAGAUGUUGGAUGACGUCUUCGGCAAGGAUGCGCCGCAUGACGUUUAUGGUGAUUUCAAGCCACUCAGCAAGGACUACACUCCAGCAUUCUUUAUUCAUGUACUGAAAAAAGUUUGAGCCUGUUUGUUACAUAAAUCAGAAUAGUCUGUCAA